AUGAAGACUGCAAGUGUAUGUCAUGUUAUUGAUGAAAUAUGUCCUGAGAAUAAAUGUUUGUUUGAACAAGUUAGUUUGUCACGCCAAAUAAUUACUAGAAGAAUAGAAGAUCUUGGACUUAAUCUUUUUGAACAAGUGCAAGACAGAGUAAAACUUUUUCAAUAUUUUUCAAUAGCAUUAGCUGAGAGUACAGAUAUGGUAGAUACGGCACAACUUCUAAUUUUUUUACGAGGUGUGAAUGCAAAUUUUGAAAUAACAGAAGAGUUGGGAGCGUUGGAGAGUUUGAGUGGUACUACAAUAGGAGAAGAUAUAUUCAAAGCUUUAUUAAAUACAUUCGAAAAUCAAGGUCUUAAUUUUGAAAAUCUUGUUAGUGUUACUACAGAUGGUGCAAAAAGUAUGAUAGGGUCUAAGAGUGGACUUAUCAGAAGAAUAAACUCAAAAAUGUCUGAACUAAAUCGAUCUCCACCAAUUGGAAUUCACUGCAUUGUUCAUCAACAAGCACUAUGUGGGAAAGUUUUAGAUUUAGAAAAUGUUAUGUCUAUUGUAGUACAAUGUAGGAAAGAAAAACUCGUAAGUACUUUGUUCGGUUCAGUAAAAGCUUUCCAAAAUAAAUUAUCUUUAUUUCUAAAUCAAAUUGAAGAGUUAAAUUUCUCCCAUUUUGAAUGUUGUGCUACUUUAAAAACAGAAGAUUGUGGUAUAUUUCCAAAACAAAAGGGCAUCAAAAUUAUUAACACGCUUAUUCGUGAAUUUGAAAAUCGUUUUAAAGACAUUCGAACUAAAGAACCAAUUAUAAAUCUAUUUGAAAAUCCAUUUAAUAUAAAUCCGGAAAUUGUCGAAGCUUCUUUACAAUUAGAAAUUAUAGAACUCCAAUCUAAUAAUUCUUUAAGAACAACAUUUAAUAAUUUGACAAGCUCUCAAAAUCUUGUUCAGUUUUAUUCAAAUUUGUCUGAAGAAGAUUUUCCAAAUGUUCGGAAGUUUACUGCUAAGAUGUCUUGUAUAUUUGGUUCAACAUAUAUUUGUGAGCAAGUAUUUUCAACGAUGAAAAUUAACAAAAGUAAAACUCGAUCUCGCAUCACAAAUGAACAUCUACAUGCCGUUCUCCGGAAACAAGCUCAUAGUUCACAUUAA